AGAAAAGAGUCGUGUAUGGAUUAGUAGCAAAAAUCAAAGGUGCCAAUUGUUCACGCUUCAUAGCCACAGGCGAGCCAAGAACAAGGCCAUAUGAGAUUUACCAGAUUAUGGCCUGCCUCCCAGUUUUCAUCUCCUUGCUGUUCCUCAUCUCUUCCUGCAAAGGCGAUGACCAGCUCACACAGGCAAAUCGACUGAUCUCCCCCGGCGACGUACUCAUCUCCAAAGGCAGGGUCUUCGCGCUCGGCUUCUUCUCCCCAACAGCCUCCAACCAGAGCUUCUUCCUCGGCAUAUGGUACCACAACAUCUCCGAGUCCGAGCGCACGUACGUUUGGGUCGCCAACCGCGACAACCCAAUCACCACCCCUUCAUUCGCAACGCUCGCCAUCAGCAACAGCUCUAACCUUGUCCUGUCGGAUUCCGGCAAUCACACCCUUUGGACGACGAACGUCACGGCCACCGGAGGCGACGGAGCUUACGCGGCGCUGCUCGACUCGGGGAACUUGGUUCUCCGGUUGCCGAAUGGUACAACCAUAUGGCAGAGCUUUGAUCACCCAACUGACACCCUUCUGAUGGGCAUGAGGUUUUUGGUGAGCUACAAGGCACAAGUCGCCAUGCGGUGCAUCGCUUGGAAGGGCCCAGAUGACCCCUCCACCGGAGACUUCUCCAUCAGCGGUGAUCCCAGCUCAAACCUUCAGAUCUUCCUUUGGAACGGUACCAGACCAUAUAUCCGCUUUAUUGGAUUUGGGCCUAGCAGCAUGUGGUCUUCGGUCUUCUCAUUCAGUACCUCUCUCAUCUACGAAACAUCGGUGAGCACGGAUGAUGAGUUCUACAUCAUAUACACAACCUCUGAUGGCUCACCUUACAAGCGUCUUCAACUGGACUACACGGGUACCUUGAAGUUCCUGGCUUGGAACGACAGCGCGUCGUCAUGGACAGUCGUCGUCCAGCGCCCAUCACCCACCAUCGUGUGCGAUCCCUACGCCUCGUGUGGUCCAUUCGGCUACUGCGACGCAACGGCAGCCAUCCCGAGGUGCCAAUGCCUCGAUGGGUUUGAGCCUGAUGGCUCCAACUCUUCUUCGAGAGGAUGCCGGAGGAAGCAGCAAUUGAGAUGCCGAGGCAGAGAUGAUCGCUUCGUGACCAUGGCCGGAAUGAAGGUCCCUGACAAGUUCUUGCAUGUCCGGAAUAGAAGCUUCGAUGAGUGCGCGGCCGAGUGCAGCCGCAACUGCUCGUGCACGGCCUACGCUUACGCCAACUUGACCGGAGCCGACCAGGCAAGGUGCUUGCUUUGGUCAGGGGAACUUGCUGACACUGGGAGGGCCAACAUUGGUGAGAAUCUGUACCUCCGGUUGGCCGACUCUACUGUUAACAAGAAGAAGAGUGACAUCCCGAAGAUCGUACUUCCGGUUAUAACAAGCCUGUUGAUACUCAUGUGCAUAUGUCUUGCGUGGAUAUGCAAAUCAAGAGGCAUACACCGAAGCAAGGAAAUUCAGAAGAAACAUAGACUACAACAUUUGAAGGAUUCCAGUGAACUUGAGAAUGACAAUCUAGAACUUCCAUUUAUUUGCUUAGAAGACAUUGUCACUGCAACGAACAAUUUUUCUGAUCACAACAUGCUUGGGAAAGGUGGUUUUGGAAAAGUUUACAAGGGAGUGUUGGAAGGUGGCAAGGAGAUUGCAGUCAAAAGGCUUAGUAAGGGUUCUCAGCAAGGUGUGGAGGAGUUCAGAAAUGAAGUAGUUCUGAUUGCCAAAUUGCAGCAUAGAAAUUUAGUUAGGCUUAUCAGUUAUUGCAUUCACGAAGAUGAGAAGUUACUCAUCUACGAAUACUUGCCUAAUAAAAGCUUGGAUACUUUCCUUUUUGAUGCUAAAAGAAAAUCAGUUCUCGAUUGGACGACCCGGUUCAUGAUAAUCAAAGGUAUAGCGAGAGGGCUUCUUUAUUUGCACCAAGAUUCAAGGUUAACGAUAAUUCACAGGGAUCUCAAAGCAAGCAACAUCUUGUUGGACACAAAUAUGAGUCCCAAAAUAUCAGAUUUUGGGAUGGCAAGGAUCUUUGAAGGAAAUAAGCAACAAGAAAAUACUACCAGAGUAGUUGGGACAUACGGUUACAUGUCUCCUGAAUAUGCUUUGGAAGGCUCCUUUUCUGUCAAGUCUGACACCUACAGUUUUGGGGUGCUACUGUUGGAGCUUGUAAGUGGCUUAAAGAUCAGUUCGCCCCAUCUCAUAAUGGAUUUCCAAAAUCUUAUAACCUUCGCGUGGAGUUUAUGGAAAGAUGGAAAUGCAAUGGAUUUGGUGGACUCAUCAAUUCGGGAGAGUUGUCUACUUCACGAAGUUUUACGAUGUAUUCAAAUAGCACUUUCAUGUGUUCAAGAUGACCCAACUGCCAGGCCACUCAUGUCAUCCAUUGUGUUCAUGUUAGAGAACGAGACAGCUGCUCUUCCUACCCCAAAGGAGUCUGCUUAUUUGACAGCUAGGGUCUAUGGAACUAAAGACACUAGAGAAAACAAGGAAAGAUCUGUAAAUAACGUGAGUAUCACAGCACUAGAGGGACGUUAAAUGUUUAUUACACCAUUCCCUGUUUAGUCUAUAAACUUCUGUAGCUUGUAGUUGUACACUUAUACAUUAGCAAUUCAAAUUUAUACACAGAAAAUGUUCUGAGCAAUACAUUGUAACCAGCAUUUUCUUUGUUGCUUGGUUGCAUAAAAGGAAUGCUUCCAUACAUCCAUAUUUCAGAAACUUAACUAUUUCUGCUACUGCAGCCUUGGCUUGCUCUGAAAUUUGCAGACUAAUAAAUGCAAAUCGUUUGGCCAAAUCCUAUCAUUUGAUAGCAUUGCAUAGGAAAGAAGCAGUCUGCUUACAGGUGACGAGUUUGAACUUUGAAGGGCAUCCGCUGCUGCGUUGUCCAAAGCAGCAAAGCACGCCGGCGCCGCCUUAUUCAUGGAAAGCCCCAGGCCAAGGCGAAACCUGCACACCACCACCAACCAGGAAGCAAUACUCUCAAUCACAAUCCACAUUCCACAGUGGAGAUCUGGAUAAACCCUAUUAAUCAAUGGCGCACUGGAACUCUCAUGGAUCUAAGGCCUGAAGAAAUACGCACCAUCUGCGUUAACGGAACCAAUCCCCAUCCUUCCAUGGGAGCGCCGCCCGACGGGAAGCAGCCGAGGCGGCUGCGCCGCUGCGGCAUUCAGGAUUCGCCAACUGAUCGGUCUUGCAAGCUAUCGAGCACGCGCAGGCAGAUCCGGUUCCAUCCAGCGGCGGCGGCGGCGACGGCGGCGACGGCGACGGCGGCGAUCUCUGACGAAAGCGAAGUGGGGUGGAUGUGACGGGCCGAUUUACUGGGCCGCAUGGUGAGGAAA